AUGUCUUCAUCGACGCGUCCUGUAGUCUUCAUGGAUAUCAACAUCGGAGAAACACCAGCAGGAAGGUUGAAAAUGGAAUUGUUCAGCGAUAUCGUGCCAAAGACCGCAGAGAACUUUAGGCAGCUGUGUACAGGGGAAUAUCGCGUCAAUUCGAGGCCUCAGGGAUACAAAAAUGCCACUUUUCAUCGUGUGCCCAACUUCAUGUGUCAAGGCGGCGAUUUUUUGAAGGGUGAUGGAACAGGGUCAUUCUCAAUAUACGGUGACAAGUUUCCUGUAAGCCAUCUGCUCUCUGUCCAUGAACACUUCUCAUCUGCCCUUAAGGAUGAGAACUUCCAAGAGAAGCAUACAGGCCCUGGACCCAAUACGAAUGGAUGCCAGUUUUUCAUCACCACUGCCAAAUGCGACUUUUUGGAUGGGAAGCACGUUGUGUUCGGGAAGGUCAUCGAUGGGAUGUUAACGUUGAGGAAGAUUGAGAAUGUCGCCACUGGUCCGAACAACAGGCCGAAGCUGGUUGUCAAGAUAACGGAAUGCGGUGAAAUGUAA